AUGGAGGACGACGAAGGUUACACGGUACUGAACCUCCGGCCGAAGAGGGGAAACUCAGCCAGUCCGUCUCCAGAUGGACGCCAAGGACUGUCUGUUACAGGAUGUUGUUACAAAGUUUGUCAGGGCCCCUGUCCGAAAGGAAACCCCGCAGAAAGCGAUGGUGUCACUCAGGGAACCGGAAGUGGAAGAGAAUGCAACGCCGACCUGGAGAACUUGUUUUUUCGUCUGAAGCAGAGUCUGUGCGAUCCGGCCCAGAUAAGCUCAGCAGGUGGCUCCGGGUGCCAACUCUGCCCCAGGGAGUGGGUGCUGCACAGGGACAAGUGCUACUGGCUGUCUAAAGAGACUAAGGCCUGGAGCAAGAGCCGUGAUGACUGUUCAAGGAAGGGAUCUCAAAUGUUGGUGAUCCAGGACCAGGAACAGAUGGCUUACCUGCAGCCUCUCAUACCAGCUGGUCAAAGUGUUUGGAUUGGAUUAACAUUCAACUCUUCUCAGAGGAAGUGGACCUGGGCAGACGGUGCCCCUGUCCGUGAAGAACUGGUCCCAGCAUUAAGUCAGGCUGAAGCGAACAGCUGUGGACAGUUAGGAAAGACUAAGAUUGAGUCUGAAAUCUGCAGCAGUGAAUUAAAAUGGCUCUGCCAGAAAGCAGCUUUCCUGCUAUAGACUGCGGCACGACUGAGCGGGAAAGUAAAAGGCCUUCAGUCUCUGAAACAUCUACAGUAUUUUCAGCUUUACUUAUAAAUAUAAUGUGGGAUUGCUGCACAUCUGGGGCCAGAGCCCAGGCUGGUGUGAAUCAGCAACAGCUCCACCAGAGACAAGAGGGCCAGACCCCCAGCUGACGUGCAUCUGUGCCUUUGCCCACUAAAAAAAAAAGCAAAUCCACCCACUGGGCCCUAAUUGCCAGAGAUUUUCCCCACUCCAGCCCCCCAGGAAUAAAGAGGACACGCACCUCCCCCAGGGGUGGCAAAGCUGGGGAGCUAAUGCCCCCGCAAGGGAAAUAUUGCAACCUUGCACAAUUGGCGCACAACUUGGGGGGCUGGAGGGUAAGAGUGGGACCAAGAAGGCUGGAACGGGCCUGGGAGCAGAUAGGGACCAACCCUCCCAGCUUGGAGCCCCUUCCCCCCAAAAUACUAAGUCUCAGAACCUCCCUUCACAAUUCCUUCCUAUCUCCCUGCCCCCAUUCCCAGGGAACCUUCCACCCCCACUUUGUUCCCCUUUAACCCAGCUUCCUCUAAUAUGCUGCCUCAACUAGCCAUGUGACCAGUUAACCCUUUACAGGCUGCAACGCCUUUCCCUUGUUGCAGACCCCAUCUGUGUGUCCUGGCUGGAUGCAUUGAACGUUCACUUC